AUGUUUCCGACCGUCGCUCCAUUUCCAUCGGUCCAACCGCACCACCGCAUACACCAUCCCACCGAAUCCCACAAUCACUCCAUUUACGAUGCCAACGACCCAAAUCUCGCCCUUCCUCAUGACCCCUCAAAACCCUUCUUUAAUCCGACAUCACGAUCACGCCUCCAAUUACCCCAUCCCGUCCAACGUCUCGAUCCCCGCGAUGGCCCCGGUUCCAGAUCCAGCGCAAAUAUCGCGGAACAUACGCUGAGGAGGAAAACCCCCAACGGAACUCUGGCUGCUGGGUACGAUGGUACCCUUGGCGAUACCGUCCAACUACCAGCAUCCAAGCACAUCUUGGUGUCACCGAUGGAAUCAGGCCAGUUUAUUUCCCCGCAACCGGGGAUGCAGUCUGAUAGCUGGAAGUCCAUGAUGGAUCAGACAGCCACCAAGCAAAUGAACUUCCCUCCAGUCUUCAAGAAUGACUCCGCAGGCAAUGCAUUAUCUGGAGAAGUUGUGCAAGAUGCAAAUGGAACGAGCUGGGUCCGUCCAGUCAACUACCCGCCUGGAGUGGACUCGAUGUUGAACCAAAAUCUGCCACCACAGGGAUCCCAGCGGGUUAUAUUGCAAAACGGGCAGUACGUGCCCACGGUCUUGCCUGCAACCCUCCAGUCGUACUCGGGACCCACCGCGUCCGCGGGCACAGGGCCUUUCGGUCCAUAUUGGCCAGAUGGAGUGUAUAUUCCAUAUCGCCCUGCUGCAUUCCGUGAUGCGCGUUUCGAUACUCCUACACUCUUUGGAAAGCAGCCCACGCAACCGCUUUAUGACCUUAACCAGCCCGUCUUCAACCAAGCCCAGGUUCCCCUAGGCGGCCCCUCCGAGCAGGGACCUGCAUGGGGCCACUCUAUGCCUGGCCUACCUACGCAGGACCCUUUGAUGAAACCUCAGUUUCCACCGCGCCACUCUGAUCAACUCCCUUUCCACACCCGUGCCAAUCGUCCUCCGUCAAACUUUCCGCCGCAGCCACUAGUCACCGAGUCAAAUGCUUGGUCAGCUCAUCCACCCGUGCAUGGAUUCCAACAACCUCCGGGCCCCGCGGUAGCAGUCAACACGGAAUUCAAGGAGAAAGUCCUGUCUUGGGCUCAUGGUGUCUACGUUGACCUCCUCGCAACUAUCCAUCAGGCCCGGCGCAACAGCGCCUCCAAUGGCACUGCUGAGAGCCAUCCCCGAUUCUUAAAACCGAGCAUAUACCCCAAGCCCCCACGGCAACCGGGCCUGGACUUUUCACAAGCCCCUGCUCCUGAUCUCACCCGCCACAACAGUUACCCAUCAAGUCAAUAUGACCUGCAACGCCAGAAAGCCCAUGUCAUGGGCAGUCAUCGGUCGAAUGACCCGACACAUCCUACACUUCUUUCCCGUCCCCAGACACGCCGCCCCUCCCUAAACCAGUUCGCCCAUAACAGAGGCUCAGACACUCACAUGCUUGGAGUGCGAGACACGGGCUACUCUGUGGGCGUGUCCCCUUUUACCAGGGCUCGUGGCUCUUUGUUUAAUGAAGGCUCGCCCAUGUCUAAUGCCGCGUCUGCGUUGGACAUGUUGUCCCAUCUGUGUGGGGAAAGCCAUUGGGAGUGGAUCGAUGGAAUGCUUCUUGGCGGCUGCUUAGCCUAUGGCUUAGGUGAUUAUCACAAGGCCUUGCGAUGGAACAACAGGAUCAUAGCCCGUGACCCGACACAUGUGGAAGCUAUCUCUAACCUCGCAGCCACCCUUUUGGCACUCGAUCGCCGAGAGGAGGCGUCGCAACAUUGGCUGCGCGCUGUGAAACUACGGCCGAGUUUCUUCGAGGCUGUUGAACACCUGAUUGGAUUACUCUGCAAUGGCCAUCGAUGCAAGGAAGCCGUCAAUAUCAUUGAUUUUGUUCAGAGUGCACUUCGUCAUCCAAAAGAUGGCGAUUGUUUCAAGACGGAUGAACUCGCCAGCGAAACCGAAAGUGAUGCCGAGAGCAACGUGUCUGAUGUGUGCAUGUACGACAAAGCCUCUUUCGAGUAUGAUGAUGACAUGGGACGAACCCAAGGGACUGAGCCCCGCUCACCGGAUGUCAAGCCCCUUGGGUUCGCAAGCAGUGGAUAUGCAAUCCCAGGUGCAGAGAACGGGAGAAUGCUUGCUUUGGUUCAUGCAAAAGGUAACAUGCUCUAUGCUCUUGGUGACAAUGCAGGUGCCGCCGCCGCCUUCGAGGACGCAGUUCUUAUCGCUGCCGGUCGGAGGCGCCAUGGCAUUCAAAGUAUCAUCAAACAAAUUUUCGCUGCCUUCUCUGGCGCAUCGAGCAAUGGAUACCCGCAAACAGAGCAUGAGUCCCAAGAGAGUAUUCUACUUUAUCCCGACAGAGCGCUGAAGACAGCCCGUCUCGUUUUCCCAGCAGCUGGCAUGCCGCCGGGUCUCCAAUUCGUCACCGAGGGUAUCUCUCGCAAUGCAGCCACUUCCACCACCAGCAAUGCCCUUCUUUCGCUGGCGAAAAUUUACCAGGAUGGCAUGUCCAACGGGGCCUCGUCAGGAGCACCAAGGUCUUCUUCUCCUGGUGUCCGCGAGAUUUUGGCUCUCUAUUAUCUUUCUCUUUCCUUGCAACCUAGCCCAUCCACCGCCAAUAAUGUGGGUAUCCUACUGGCUGGUAUUCAAAAUAAUCGUCCCGCGAGAGGCUUGGUACGUCCGAAUGGGGAGACUCAGCAUCCUGACGUUCCAGGCGUUGUGCCUGGAAGUGGGAUAUCCUUGGCCCUGGCAUAUUACAAUUAUGGCCUACAGCUCGACUCGCGACAUGCCCAUCUCUAUACCAACCUCGGCAGCCUGCUUAAAGACAUUGGACAGCUUCAUGCUGCCAUCAAAAUGUACGAACAGGCGGUUCUUUGUGAUGGCAAUUUCGACAUCGCCCUGGCAAACUUGGCAAAUGCCGUCAAGGAUAGUGGCAAGGUCAACGAUGCCAUUGUCUACUACAGACGUGCUGUCAAAGUUAACCCCGAGUUCGCUGAGGCUGUUUGCGGAUUAGCCAAUGCCUUGAACUCUGUCUGCAACUGGGUGGGCCGGGGUGGCAUUUCCAACGCCCGUGGCUUCCGCGACCGAUGGCACGUUGACGAUAAAGGGGAGCUUCGAGAUUCACUUAUCACGGACGUUGGCUCUGGGUGGAUCAAGCGGGUAGUUGACAUUGUCGAUCGACAGCUCAAAGAAGGCGAGUAUUGGGGCCGUGGCGUAUUAUCGUCUGGGACCACAGCGGAGCAAUUGUGCCUGCAAUUAGCUCCCGCUUUGUCUACCCGAUUUGCUUCUAACUCAAAGAUCUCUCUGGCGAAGCUCUUCGAGUCAUGGGCCGGACAGAAAUGGGAAGGGUCUCGAAUUGUACGGCUUAUUGAGCGAGCUAUCCGAUCGCUUACAUGGCAGUGGUAUCAAGAUCGAUAUGUCUACGGCAAAGAUUAUCCUGCUUCCAAGUACCAUCGACCCCAACUACCUGGAGGUCUUUCUGCGCCGAACGCUCCUACUGUUUUGCCUUUCCAUACCUUUACGUCUCCCCUGUCGGCGAAACAAAUCCGUCAGAUUUCUCAGCGCAAUGGACUACGGAUUUCGACAUCAACUCUGCGUCUGCCGUGGCUUCCAUCUACCGUCUUCCCCCCACCUUCGCCGCCUGCUCCAUACCUCCGGGUCGGUUAUGUGUCGUCGGACUUCAAUAACCAUCCUCUUGCACAUUUGAUGCAGUCUGUGUUUGGAUUGCAUGAUCAGUCCCGGGUCAAGUCAUAUUGUUACGCUACUACGCCCAGCGACAAAUCAGUGCAUCGUCACCAAAUUGAGAAAGAGGCUCCCGUGUUUCACGAUGCGAGUGGGUGGCCAGUUGAUCAAUUGGUUCAACAGAUUGUUGCGGAUGGCAUCCACAUUUUGGUGAACUUGAAUGGCUACACACGGGGGGCUCGUAACGAGGUAUUCGCUGCACGCCCGGCUCCUAUUCACAUGUCGUUCAUGGGUUUCGCAGGCACCCUCGGUGCUGAGUGGUGCGACUAUAUUCUGGCUGACCAGCUCUCUAUCCCACCGGAGACACUGAGUCCUGGACGACGCACUACACGGAUCGAAGACCGUCUCUUGGAACCAGAUAAUGGUGAGGAACUCGAGGAUUGGGUUUACGCAGAGAAGAUUGUUUUCACCCGCGAUACCUUCUUCUGCUGUGAUCACCGACAGAGUGCUCCGGAUGCGAGUGAAAAACACGUCACAUGGGGAGACGAGAAAAUCCGGCGUUGGAAGAUGCGCAAAGAGCUGUUCCCCAAUCUGAGUGACGAUACCAUCAUCUUGGGAAAUUUCAAUCAGUUAUACAAGAUUGAACCGACGACAUUCCGAACAUGGCUGCGCAUAUUGGCGCGAGUCCCCAAGGCUGUUCUCUGGCUCCUCCGCUUCCCGGACACAGGCGAACAAAACCUCCGAGACACCGCCAAAGCCUGGGCCGGCGAAGAAAUAGCAUCCCGGAUCAUCUUCACGGAUGUAGCCCCAAAGAACACACAUAUCGCGCGAGCGAAAAUCUUAGACUUGUUUCUUGACACGCCAGAAUGCAACGCCCACACGACGGCUACAGACGUUCUCUGGAGCGGCACCCCGCUCCUCACCCUACCGCGCUACAAAUACAAGAUGUGCUCGCGCAUGGCGAGCAGUAUACUCAGCAGUGCGCUUCCCAAUACCGAAGCUGGGCAGCAUGCCCGCGAAGAUCUCAUCGCCUCGUCAGACGAAGACUACGAGAGUAAAGCUAUUCGUCUAUGUCUGGAUCUGCAGCCUGGUCGUCAGGGUCAAUCCCAUGGCCGGCUGGUAGAUAUUCGACAGAUGCUGUUCGAGGACCGAUAUAAGAAUAAACUCUUUGACACAACGCGCUGGGUGCGUGAUUUGGAGAAUGCUUAUGAGGCUGUUUGGGCGCAGUGGGUCAACGGCGAAGAAGGCGAUAUCUGGUUAUGA